AUGAAUAAUUGUUCCUCGCUAGCUUCAAAUGAACAUGAGCAAUUUCAUAAAACUGUUAUAUAUAAAAACAGAGCAAGAAGCCUAAUACAACAAAAUAUUAAAAGUAGAUCAGAAUGUCAUAAUGAAGAACAAACUAGUGGAGGAAGUAUCAAGGAUAAAAUAAGAAGACUAUUUUCAAGUAAAUACGAUCAAUCCAUAAGGGAUCUCCAAAAAACAAAACUUCGAAUUAAUAAAAACGUACAUGAAGAGGAAAAUAAUUCUAAAAAUUUAAAAACAUGUACUCCUGUUUAUGAUCAAAAUAUAGAAUGGCAACCUGUUUAUCAUGAAACCUGUAAAAUAAAAUUACCGGUGGAAGAUUGUAGCACAAAAAUAUCCUUACCCGAUGAUGUUGUAGAUGAUUGGGUUCACAGUCAGAAUAAACUUUCAAAAGAACUAAAUGCCUCCAGAAUAAAAAGCAAACCAGAUGAUAUGGAUGUCAAUGCCUAUGAUGACAACUACUAUGAUGAAAAUAGCCACAAUAACAAUGCUGAUGGAAAAGCUAAUUCUAAAUAUAAUUGUCUUUUUAACAAAAAUUUUUCACAAAAGUCUUAUAUGCGCACUAAUGAAGAGGAGCCGUAUUCCAAAUUCAAAUAUUACUACAACUACUAUUUGGUAGAUGAAUAUUUAGAGUCUUUAGCUGAAUCUCAAAAUAAGAAUUUAGAUGCAACAGGAUUAGAUGAAAACGGGCAGCUAUAUGAUAAUGUUAGUUUAAAUGUAAAACCUAUAAUAAUGUCCAAGCACAGAUUAGAGAACGGUGUGCCAUACGAUCCAACCAAGCUAAUGAAUUAG